CCGCCUCUCCAUUACCUCCCCCCCCCCCUCCGCUGCUGAGUGUUAGCGCCGCUCGCGCCCCCUCCCUCCCGCGCUUCUCGCGCGCCGUUGCGGGUGAGCGUGAGCUACUGCCGCAGUGAGGGGAGCCGUGAGCCGGACGGCGGUGACGACAAGGCCGGACGCGGAACAGAGAGGCCGGGGCUUGGUGGAUUCAGCUGCGGGGGAGACGCCUGACGCCCACCCGCCGCCAUGGGAAAUGAGGCAAGUUACCCUUUGGAAAUGUGCUCGCACUUUGAUGCUGAUGAGAUAAAACGACUAGGAAAGAGAUUUAAGAAGCUUGAUUUGGACAACUCUGGCUCUUUGAGUGUGGAAGAGUUCAUGUCUUUACCUGAAUUGCAACAGAACCCAUUAGUACAGCGAGUAAUAGAUAUAUUUGACACAGACGGAAAUGGAGAAGUUGACUUCAAAGAAUUUAUAGAAGGAGUCUCCCAGUUCAGUGUCAAAGGAGAUAAGGAACAGAAGUUGAGGUUUGCUUUUCGCAUUUACGAUAUGGACAAAGAUGGUUAUAUCUCAAAUGGAGAGCUCUUCCAGGUGCUGAAGAUGAUGGUUGGGAACAAUCUCAAAGACACUCAGUUACAGCAAAUUGUAGAUAAAACCAUAAUUAAUGCAGAUAAGGAUGGUGAUGGAAGAAUAUCCUUUGAAGAAUUCUGUGCUGUUGUAGGAGGCCUAGAUAUCCACAAAAAGAUGGUCGUAGACGUGUGACUCUGUAGGGCACCACCCAACACUUUUGCUUUCUUCUCCAUCUCUGAAGAUCUGCUCAAGACGUCCAGCAAUGCUCUCUGUGUAUUUAAAUGGAAGUAUUUUUCUCUGUGAAGCCACAUUUUCCAACAUGAGCCUCAUGAAGCCAACUAAGUGUUAUUGAACUUUUAUUCUCUCAAUAACUCAGUGUAGCACUUUAAAGUCUGAAGGACAGCAAAGAUGGAAAGAGCAUAUCAGUGUGGUGGAGAAAGGGAAGGGGUUGGCUUUUUAAUUUAUUUUUCUUCAUCUUUUAUAACAAGGAAAUAUCUAUCUAUAUAUAUAUAUGUGUGUGUGUAUUUAUAUAUAGAUAUAUAUGUAGCUUUCUAUAUGUAGUAGCUAGGUGGGCUUUAAUUUAAUAUACUUGAUUCAGAAACAAAACUAGAGUACAAAGUGCCAAGCAGAAUAUUAACAGUUCAAUAUAUGGAUAUACAUCCUUACUUUUAUUUCACACAGUUUUAUAUAUAUAGUAGAAGAAUGUAAAAUUUUAACUCGGUGUUAGGUCAACUCUUUCGCUUUUCCUGUGACUGUUCAGAUGUUUCUAUAUAUUGACUGGCUGACAAAGCAUUGCUUCUUAUUAAUUCACCUUAAUUACAUUUUUUGUAACACAGGAGACUAAGUUUAUUUAUACCUGUUAAUAUAUUACCAGGGACUGUGUCUCUUUGCUAAAUAACUUAGUACAGUUCUACUUAAUAUGAGAAUAUAGUUUAAUGCUACUGCCAAGAACUAGCCCUCGUGUGCGUAUAGUAACUGCAGAAUGCUUUGAUGGCCACUAGAUUUCGUCACCGAGGAAUGCGGAGCAGUUACAGCUGUCCUGAAGUUAAGGCAAAUCUGCUGUUCUGGAUUCAGUUUAGAUACAGCUGCUCAAGGUGUUAGACGCAUUCAUGAUUUUCUCUUGCGCUUAGCUUAAUGAAAUUAGGAUCGACGUAACUGUGCAGGAUUCCCAUCUACUUAUUUUAUACAGUACUUAGAUGAUAAAAUGCUCUUGCCAUUUAAAUUCUGUUGUUUCAACCACGAUAGUUUCCCCUCUGCAUUUAAAUACUACUACAGGUAGCAUAAAUAAACUGGUAAUAUUUUAUAUAUAUAUAUGUAUAUAGGAUUCAUACAGGGGGAAAAUCUUGUUAACCUAUGCCAUAGAGGAGGAAAACUUCACACUAUCUAAAUUUAUACCUCUUGCAGUUCUCCAGUCCUUUGCCUGGAGAAUUUUUUUUCUUUUCUAGAUUUGUCCAUAUCAUAAUUUGUAACGGAUGGUAACUUGAUAUAUUUGUGUGAUAUAAAAGUAGCGAGCCAUGUUUUACAACUUUAUAUCAGCCCUUCCCUUUUCUGCAAUGGUACUAUUGGCUGGAAGAAAAACAUUUGCUAGAUUUUUUUAGGACAGUACAUCUUUCCUGUAUAGUAGUUUUUCUAUUAAAAAAAAAAUUGUUUUAUAAUCAGCAGUGGAAAGCGCAGGUUGUCUGAACCUACUUCAGUCGAGCACCUGUCUGCCAUAGCUGUUCCUUCGACUGAGUGCUGCACAUCAUGGGCUCUGUCUGUGAGAGAGAAAUCCAGGUGCUUGGUGUCCUUGCAUGACAUGAAGUUUUGCAUGUAGAUCGAUUUGAAAUGUUCCUCUUGUUUACAUAAUUUGCAUAAUUUAAAAAGAUAAUGUUGCCAAACUUUGGUAAAUGUUAAUGUUCAAAACAAAAAUCUCCACUACAUGUAACUUUUUUCUUCCUCUGGAUCAGUACGUGGCUUAUAAUCCCAGCCAGUGGUUGUAUCUGUUCCAGUGUCAACUGCCAUGUGCUCUGCUUCAAGGGGGAACUAGUCUUUUGUGAAUUUUUUGUACAUAAGUAUUUGUUACAAACAUUUUAGCAAAUGCUUUCGAUUUCUCUUACUUGCUUGUGCAUAUCUUGGCUGGCAUUAUAGAAAUUAGUGCUAAUGUUAUUUCCUUAGGGGGAUUGGAAGGGGGAGGGAUGAGGGUGUUUUUUUAGUUUGUGUGGGGAAAAAUGAUUUAUGUUGAACGUUUAGUUUUUCCUCUGCAUGCUACAUCAUAUGUUGUGGGAACUAUAAGAACCUUCAUACUAUAUGAAUACAAAAUAAAAUAUUUGAACCUUG